AUGAGGACUCAUUUUAACCUCUUCUUCCGCGGCUGCGAAGCACAUACGGAUGAUUACGCCGCUCAAGAACGCGAACUUCAUAAAGCUCUGACGCGUUCCCAGAGUAUUAUCUUUCCUGCUCUCUUCGACGACCUGGGGGGCACGGCCACGUUCCUUACAACCCCAUUCAUCCGUCCUUGUGUUUCGCAGAACAAGGAGCACAGGAAUAUGUCAGACCUCCGUCGUUCCGACACGGUCACAAAGGCCAUAGUAGCAGCGCAAGAAGAAGCUGCGACCGUGCCUCUCAGAGAAGACGACAACGACGACGAGACCAUUCGCGACGUACCAAUCGACACCAAGAUCAACAUCGACACCUCUAUCUUCGAUGUCUUCACGGAUUUCGAGCUGGAUUUGUCCUGCCUGUCGGCACCGCCUUCCCCAGUUGCGUCGACCUCCAACUUGCCGCCGACAACCCCUUCGCCUCCAGCAUCUCCGAUACUUUCUCGGAGCAUGUCGUUUGCGUCUAACCGACUGCCGGCAUUGACGGCCUCCAAGUCAAUCAAGCAAGCCUCUUCGCCCCAACUUUCAGCAACAGUCCCGACAGGUGCUCGGGGCUCCUGGCCCUUGAUCAAGUAUGCUGGCCGUGGUACACCCAUUGAUCGGAACAGGCGAUUGGAGUGGGGCGGAUUCCCAGCCGAAGAAGCAGCUGAAGAUGGCGUCUUAUUCUCUCAUGUUCGGUCAACUUCUCUCGACUCUACUUUCCACCCCUCCCGACGGUCCAUCUCGCCAGAAUGGAGUCAUGUGCCUUCAAAGUCCUCCUCGCUCUCCCAUUCGCACUCAACACGGUCCUUCUCGACGUCCGCUAUCCACGAACCGCCUCCGGAAUUGGCCCCGCUCGAGAUCGACGGUGUGAAGUCAGAAGACUGGGAUUCGCUCAUGAAGACUGUCCUCGCCUCGACGAGCGAGCCUUCGGCCUCAUCGGCGCCUGUUCCGAUAAACGAGGUCCUCGAACCCGAACCCCUUCCUGCGGUAACCGAGCAAGAGACAAAGCCGCCCGUUCCGCCUGUCGACCGGUCGAUGAUAUCCCCAGAGCAACUAGAACAAUUAAAUGCGGGUCUUGACAUGGAUUUAGGUCUGAACGCAGCGUUGGACCUUGGCCUCGGACAGCGAGGCGGUAUGAAUUGGUUUGACCUGGGUCUACUCCCUACCUCUGCCGCGAGUGGGCGUGAAUCCCCUUCUGUCUAUUCCUCGCAGGCUGCAACACCACGCCCGUCGCCCCCGGCGUCCGUGCACGCUUCGGAGCAUCGGUCCACCACCAGUACAAAGGCAGAUGCGAACGGCAACUCGAACGGAACGAGCGUUAUAAAGUCUGCCCCGCGACCGUGGUGGCGGAAGUUGAUGCUCAAUCUGAGAAGAGUACGCAUGGUCAUCACCAUCCACAAGCAUCGCUAG